AUGCAGCUCCUACUACAACAUCUCUGCAGCUCCUACGACAACCCCAAAUGCAGCUCCUACAUCAACCACAACUGCAGCACCUACAAUAACAACUGUAGCUCCUAUGACAACCAAAACAGCAGCUCUUUCAACAACCACAACAGUAGCUCCUACAACAACCAGUGCAGCUUCUUCAACAAACACAUAUCUGAAGAUAACAACUGCAGCUUCUACAGCAACAAACACAGCUCCUACUACGACAACCACAAUUGCUGCUCUGAUUACAACAGCCGUAGUUCCUACAUCCACUACAACUGCAGCAACUACAACGACCACUACAAAGGCAUCUACUUCAACAACCACAACUCUAGCUUCUACACCAACCACAACAGUAGCUCCUGCGACAACCACAACAGUACCUCCUACAACAACCACAACAGUAGCUCCUGCGACAACCACAGAUGCAGCUCCUACUACAAUAACUGUCACUCCUAUGACCACUACAACUGCAGCACCUACUAUGACAACCACAACAACCGCUCCUACUACAAUAACUUCAGCUCUUACAACAACAACUUGACAUCAACAACUAGAUUUGGCACAGUGAUGUUUUUUGUUAGACUGAUGUUCCAGCUCAACACACCAGUCCCCACUAAGGAUGAUGUCCUUGGUGUCGUCGACAAGCAACUGUAUCUUCAAUUCAACAAUCAGACGAACACUCAAACCACCUUCCAGAAUGGAACUUAUAUCAAACUUACAGAUACUUCAUUUGCCGUCGAUCUUGGUUUCAAAAUAACCAAUGUAACCAUGGAGUCGCAAAGCAAUAGCCUCACUUUCACCAAUGAGACCUACAGCCAGAUAGAGGAUUCAAUUAACAGCCUACUCCAUGAUAUUCUUUGUAAACCAGACGGCAAACAGUUUGACUUUCCCAAACCCAACUUCACUACUGUUGGCACUCAAAUCAGGGCAGACGUGAUGUAUGUAUACAAAAAGGAAGACAUCAACCUCCCUAGUGCUUUUCUAGAGGAAGUCUUAAAAGUCUCAGGUAUGCUGCUUUUGUUGCUAUUUCUGUUUGUUAUUACGGUGAGUUAUCAAACACCAUAUCUCCUGCCAACCACUGUUGCCCCAACAACCACCACCACCACUGUGGCUUCUACUACGGCAAUUAAAACUGCAGGUCCUACAACAACAACCACAAUUGCUGCUCCUACAAUGACUACAACUGCAGCAUCUACAAGUACAACCACAAUUGUACUUCCUACCUUGACAACGACAACUGCAACUUUUACCUCAACUUCUAUGGCUUCAGUGACAGCAACAACUAGAUUUGGCACAGUGAUGUUUUUUGUUAGACUGAUGUUCCAGCUCAACACACCAGUCCCCACUAAGGAUGAUGUCCUUGGUGCCGUCGACAAGCAACUGUAUCGUCAAUUCAACAAUCAGACGAACACUCAAACCACCUUCCAGAAUGGAACUUAUAUCAAACUUACAGAUACUUCAUUUGCCGUCGAUCUUGGUUUCAAAAUAACCAAUGUAACCAUGGAGUCGCAAAGCAAUAGCCUCACUUUCACCAAUGAGACCUACAGCCAGAUAGAGGAUUCAAUUAACAGCCUACUCCAUGAUAUUCUUUGUAAACCAGACGGCAAACAGUUUGACUUUCCCAAACCCAACUUCACUACUGUUGGCACUCAAAUCAGGGCAGACGUGAUGUAUGUAUACAAAAAGGAAGACAUCAACCUCCCUAGUGCUUUUCUAGAGGAAGUCUUAAAAGUCUCAGGUAUGCUGCUUUUGUUGCUAUUUCUGUUUGUUAUUACGGUGAGUUAUCAAACACCAUAUCUCCUGCCAACCACUGUUGCCCCAACAACCACCACCACCACUGUGGCUUCUACUACGGCAAUUAAAACUGCAGGUCCUACAACAACAACCACAAUUGCUGCUCCUACAAUGACUACAACUGCAGCAUCUACAAGUACAACCACAAUUGUACUUCCUACCUUGACAACGACAACUGCAACUUUUACCUCAACUUCUAUGGCUUCAGUGACAGCAACAACUAGAUUUGGCACAGUGAUGUUUUUUGUUAGACUGAUGUUCCAGCUCAACACACCAGUCCCCACUAAGGAUGAUGUCCUUGGUGUCGUCGACAAGCAACUGUAUCUUCAAUUCAACAAUCAGACGAACACUCAAACCACCUUCCAGAAUGGAACUUAUAUCAAACUUACAGAUACUUCAUUUGCCGUCGAUCUUGGUUUCAAAAUAACCAAUGUAACCAUGGAGUCGCAAAGCAAUAGCCUCACUUUCACCAAUGAGACCUACAGCCAGAUAGAGGAUUCAAUUAACAGCCUACUCCAUGAUAUUCUUUGUAAACCAGACGGCAAACAGUUUGACUUUCCCAAACCCAACUUCACUACUGUUGGCACUCAAAUCAGGGCAGACGUGAUGUAUGUAUACAAAAAGGAAGACAUCAACCUCCCUAGUGCUUUUCUAGAGGAAGUCUUAAAAGUCUCAGGUAUGCUGCUUUUGUUGCUAUUUCUAUCUCCUGCCAACCACUGUUGCCCCAACAACCACCACCACCACUGUGGCUUCUACUACGGCAAUUAA